UGACGUCAUCCCGGUUACGGUAAACAAACAGUCUUUGCACGUGCAAAAUCGUGCAAUGUGCGAUUUAGCGCAUAAUCUACAAUUAAAAAAUGUACAGCCCGGUCAAGUAUUUCAUUAUUCCGUUAUUUUUCUAAAAGCCGAACUAGUUAACCCAUGUCGCAGUGGAAAAGUGCAAAUAGUUUGCAACAACAAUCAGCCAGUUCAAUUCUCGAUCGCCGCAGAAAACGGUAUAGGUAACGUUGAGGGAAAGCAAGAAGUGCAUCAAAAGCUACGCAUUCUACUGAGACUGUUUGGUGGUGAACACGUGUACGAAGUGCAGUACUGUAAUGUGAAAACGUCCAGCCGCUUUCUCUACGCUGCUUCGGACACGCUCUUUACGGUAGUGCCACUGUACAUCAUCUGCAAAGGGCAUAGCGGCCGAUAUCAGUCGCAUGAGGACGAUUCCCGCAAUGGCAGUGAGGAGGCUUGUCGAAAAAUAACGCUCGCCAUCGAGCUUCUCCAGUGUUUGUACGCGGAAAAGUUGCACGAACAUGGCUACGGCCGGAAAACGUUUACGCUCGAAUCACCGUGCGUGCCGUUCCACUCGGGGCUGGAAUGGGAACGUUCGACCACCAUGACGGAAGGCGAACUUUGGCAUCAGUUCGCCACGGAGCUGCUUCAAUCGAAGCGGUACGACAUGGAGCGGGUAAAGGUGGUCGGUUUCCUGAGCAGCACCCACUUCGACGGGAUCUCCGACGGGGACUACUCGUACGAGAACAUCCGGAAGAAAACGACCGGACAUGCUGCACUCGGUGGCGGUGGAUUGGCACUCUUUGGGACGGGUUGUCUCUACACGUGGCCUCCGGCGCUUGAGGCAGUGUGUGAUUCAUUCACCAGCCAGCAACCCGUUGACUGUGGCAAACUGUUGGAUGACAGUAACUACAGACGCACGUACGGAGGCUGUUUUGCCACAACACUCGGUUCCGUUUGUCACGAGAUGGGCCACACGUUCGAUCUCGGUCACACACCGGACAGCUCCAUCAUGGGCGAUGGGUUCGAUGCGAUUGACAACGCGUUUGUCGGACCGCGUGUCGGUUGCCGUGGUAGUGUCCGGGCACCGAAACGUCUUAUCGAUACCAAACCGCACGGUCUGGCGGGCAGACUUACCCAGCUCAAACGGCCGGGCGAUGUGUUGCGACAGCGACUGGAAGCUAAGCAUAAUGAUGGUGUCUUUUUUGCGCCCAUCAGUGCACGAACACUGAGCUACCAUCGAUGGUUCAACCCUCAUCAUCGUGCGGGUUCCAACGGGUUGCCCAGUGGGACGAUGCAGUUUGACCACUGCACGAGAACGGUCAUGUGCAGCAACGGUUCGUCGAUCGUUCUGGCCGAACUACGCACAACCGACAAUGGUAUGAUGCAAAAAUGUUGGACGUUUCAGGAAGGGCAGCAGGCAAGUGCCACCACCUUUACCCUUCCCAGGCUACCCAACCUGCCGUACCUUACCCUGUUCGCAAUGGAUGCCGAUGGAAACAUUCUAAAAGCGAACCUUUGCAGUAUUAGCACAGCACAAACGUAGGUUAAUUCAAUAAAACAAAAGAAUCACAUUUAAAUUGCAUUAUA